AUGGCCAUGAGCCAUUCCUCUGUUCGCAAUGCACGACCUACUCAGGUUGCAUAUCAACCUCGGUCAAACGAAACUUUAACUGAGCAUAUAAGGACACGGAGGAGUAAUGCUAGAUCUUUGGAAAAGUCGACCAUAAAUAGCCAUAGCCAUCGGAACCGUACUUCAGCAUUAGGUCUUCCUCCUGCACCAACGUUUUAUCCUAGCGAUGAAGAAUUUAAAGACGCUAUUCAUUAUAUUCAAAAAAUUACCCCAAUUGCAAAGGAUUUUGGAAUUGUUAAAAUAGUACCGCCUAGCGGUUGGAAACCAACGUUUGAGUUGGACAUGGAUAAAUUUAGUUUUCGUGCACGACGCCAAGAUUUACGCAUGAUGGAUUUAGAGUUUCGAGAAGCUGCCGCAUAUGAUGAACGCAUAUUUAGGUAUUUUUGCAACAAAAAUAUUGGGCUUCCUCAAACCUUUAUAGUCAGCAACACAUCAGUGGAUCUAUAUCAAAUACGACGAUCUCUGGAACUUUUAGGAUUCUCAAAAGGAGAAACAAUUCCGAAAGAAUGUUGGAAAGAGAUACUAGUGUCUAUGAAUUUACCAGACACAUCAGCGACUGAAAAGGAAAUUCAGAGUAUCUACUCAAAGUAUAUUGCUCCUUUUGAAGCGUACAUUUCUACACUUUCUUCUGAUGUGAAUAAAUACCAACCUCUUUUCACAAAAGUGGAAGAUCAAGAGUUACUGGAUAUUGAUAAGUCGUCAAGGAAACAAAAAACUGAAGCUUCUUCAUCCAACGGAAUUUUAGAUUUGGAUUCAGAGAAGGCUAAUGCUCAUAAGCAAGAAAAUACUAUAAAUAGAAGUACAAGAAAAAGGCGUGCAAAAUUUUGUGAAAGCUGUCAAAAAAAAAUUGAUUUUUCUGUUGAAUGCCUUGGUAAAGAAUCGUACUGUACAGAAUGCAUAUUGACGCCUCAUGUGUUUGGUUUUGAAAUGGGUGAUAAAUAUACCCUUUCUGAAUUUGAAAGGAAAUGCGAUGAUUUCAAGACCGAGUAUUUUUCAAAGUUUGACUCUCAAACGCCUAUCACUGAUGAACUUGUGGAGGCAGAAUACUGGAAGUUAGUGAAAAGUAAAGAAGAAGCCUACGAAGUUGAAUAUGGUGCUGAUUUAUCAACUAUGGACAAAGGUAGUGCCUUUCCACACUGGCGGAAGAAACCAAAAAACCCGUACUCGAGAGAUCCAUGGAAUCUGAAUGUACUGGCUUCUUCUGAUGGCUCUUUGCUUCGUUUUGUUGAAAAUGCUGUUUCUGGAAUUACUUCCCCUUGGCUAUAUAUUGGAAUGUGUUUUUCGACGUUUUGUUGGCAUGUUGAAGAUAAUUAUACUUAUUCAGCAAACUAUCAGCAUUCAGGGGAAACAAAACUUUGGUAUGGCAUUCCGGGUAAUUAUGCUUCUAAAUUUGAGGAAGCUGCUCGUCACAUAGCACCCGAUUUAGCAAACUCCCAGCCGGAUUUAUUAUAUCAGCUUGCUGCUAUGGUCAAUCCUAAAGAGUUGACUAAAAGAGGAGUUAAGGUAUAUUACGUUGAUCAAGCUCCCAAUGAGUUUGUCAUCACCCUUCCAAAAUGCUUUCAUGGUGGUAUCAAUCUUGGGUUUAACAUUAAUGAGGCGGUUAACUUUGCCCCAAAAAACUGGCUUUUAGAUGGUUAUUCUUUGGAAGGGGCUCUCAAAUAUCGAAGUAUACUUAAACCGACAGUACUUUCUCAUGAUCGACUAUUAUAUAAACUUGCUACAAAAAAUUUUAAUUUGGUAACAUAUGAAGAAAUUCUACCAUGUCUUCGUGAAGCCGUUGAGAGAGAACAAAGCGAACGUAGUUCCCUCAGAGAACAAUAUCAUCUGAAGGAAGCGUUGGUUCGCGAACUACUGAAGACUGACGAGCAAUGGCAAUGUGCAUAUUGCAACGCAUAUUCCUACUUUUCAAAGAUUGUCUGCCUGUGUACACCUUUGGUUGCUUGUACAAAGCAUAUUGAAAAACUUUGUGAUUGCAAACCUGAAAAGAAGACUUUACAGCUUCGUAUACGUGAUACGGAAUUGCUUAAUUUGUUGAACUUGAAGCGUUCAAAUACUUCUUAA